GUGCUGGAGGGACUCUCUCCCUUUCAGUCCUUCCCCCUUUCAAUGCCAUUUUUUCAAUUUCACUCUCUGACCCUCUGUUUCCCUUCUUUUGUUUGUAUUCUUCUUCCACUUUCUCUUUCUUUUGCAGAGAAAAAAAGAGUAUCUUUGAUAUUUUUGUUUUAGGUUUGAAGUAGAAGAUAUGAUGGAAGGAAUCAAAGGAGGAGUUGGCGUUUGGGACGACGAUAUGGGAGAUGGAAUGCAAUGCAGCAAUCAUCCUUAUAGAAAUAACCCAGGUGGUAUCUGUGCUUUUUGCCUUCAAGAAAAGCUAGGCAAGUUGGUCUCAUCCUCUCUUCCUUUACCUAUUCGUGCCUCACCUUCUUCUUCUUCCCCUCCUUUUAGAUCUGACACCGCUCCGAUUUCCACCGUUGGCUGCGCCGGUGUUAUUACUUCUACUUCUUCUCUGUCUAUUGUUCGUCCCACAUUGGCCAGGAACGACAAUGGAAACAGUAAUAGUAGUCAUUAUGCUAUGAUCCCUUUCCUGUUGGCUAAGAAGAAGAAGAAGAAGACGGUGGUUGCGUCAUCAGAUCAUCCUUAUCAUCACGGUGGUAAUAUUGCUUUUAAGAGAAGCAAGUCAACUUCAGUUCCCACUAGAGGCCGGUUCUUGGAUGGUGACCAUGGUGGGGACUUUAGCCCUAGAAAAAGAACCGGUUUUUGGUCAUUUCUCUACCUUUCUUCCAAGUCGCAUGUUACGAAAAAGCUAGAUAAAGUUGCUUCCGUAGUACCUCCGACGGCCGCCGUCUCGACGUUGGCGACAGCCGCAACUGGAGGAGCUUCUUCAUCUGGUUCUAUCGUGAAGCCGAAGGAGAAAAGCAGAAUUUCAUCUAGGAAAGGAGGUAUUGUUGUAAUAGAAGACGACGAUAUCCCCCAUAACGAAACAACUCCCUCAGCUGAUUCGUCGUUCGAGCGGAAGGUUUCGAGAUCCAGGUCCGUCGGCUGCGGAAGCCGGAGCUUCUCGGGCGAUUUCUUCGAGAGGAUCUCGACAGGGCUCGGGGACUGCACUCUGAGAAGAGUCGAGUCCCAAAGAGAAGGCAAACCAAAAGCUUCCACCGCCGUCGGCGCACCGUCGGCAAUGAAAGAAAGGGUUAAAUGCGGUGGCAUUUUCAGCGGUUUCAUCGUCACUUCAUCGUCCUCGUCGUCGUCAUCCCACUGGGUAUCUUCUUCAGGCGAUGAUCAUAACAUCAAUGGGAGGAGUAAUAAGAGCCGUGGAUGGGCCUUUGCUAGUCCCAUGAGAGCUUUCACCAAGCCGUCCUCCGAUAAGAAAAAUAACGCCGCCGUGAUUAGAGAAUCCGACAACAAAAACACAACCCCAAAUCUCUCCGACAUUCCAUCAUUGUUAGCCGUUAGAAGCUAAAAAAGUGAAGAGCUUGCCGACUAUUGGUUCCGGUUAAAUAGUUAUUACAUGUUUAUGAUCUUUUAUUAGAGAGACUAUUCCUUUACACCCUUGCGUAAUUGU